AUGAAUGUUCUUCACAAAUCUCAAUACAUCUUGAUCAUUCUUGAUGAAAAUUCUCCGAUCUGCAUACAUACCUCUAGUUUAUUUCAACCUCUUCUUAACCAAUCUACAUCUCCACUUGGAUUUGCAACAUCGUUUGACUUCCACAAUGCAGGGACAUUUGUUGGAACUGCUUCUUCAAAAAGCACAAGCAUUUGGGAUUAUGAUUGGUAUCAUAAAUACAUGAAAAAGGAACCUCAGCUACUUCAGUUACCCAACAAUUCUUUUCCGGUAUUGGAGUCUGACAAAACAAGUCAAAUGAACAAUUCACAGCAGACACAUAACGUUGUUGAGCCAUUUAUUGUUGGAUCUGCUUCUUCUUUGACAGAAAAAAACACCAAUAUUUGGUGUGAUGAUAAUAGUUUUAUUGACUUUCCGGUUGAAGAAACAGAUCCUAAGACUUUAGAGAAUAUUGCAAAUAUGAGCAGAUGCAUAGAAGAAGAGGAUCUCAUUAAUGUUUGGAGGAGCUUCCAAGAAGAGGAUGUCACUAAUGUUAUGCAGCAGCCUUCAUGUUGUUAA